UUUCCUCCCGCACAGGGCCACCAUACCCAACUUAAAGAAAUAUUUGGAGAUCAAACCGCAAGCAGCAGCAGGGAUCCUUGAAAACUUUGAAAAUUUGUGUUGUUACAACAAUGGCUGCCAAAUUAUUAUCCGAUCUUGCCUCUGGUGUGACUUGUGUUCCCUCCAACUAUGUCCGGCCUGUACAUGAUCGUCCAAGUCUCGACCAAGUCCAGCCCUCCGAUCACUCUAUCCCUCUCAUCAAUCUCCACGGUUUCGACGGUUCGAGGUGCCAUGAAAUAAUCAACCAGAUAGGCCUUGCCUGCCAAAAUUAUGGUUUCUUUCAGGUCCAAAACCAUGCAAUUGAAGAUGCCGUGAUCGACAACAUGUUGAAAGUAGCAAGGGAGUUUUUUCAUCUGCCAGAAAGUGAAAGGCUCAAGUGUUUCUCCGAAGACCCGUUGAAGACCACAAGACUGUCCACCAGUUUCAAUGUCAAAACUGAGGAGGUCUCUAGCUGGAGAGAUUACUUGAGACUCCAUUGCUACCCUCUCGAGGACUACAUGCAUGAAUGGCCCUCCAACCCUCCGUCUUUCAGGGAAGAUGUGGCUGAGUAUUGCAGGAAUGUCAAAGGAUUAGCAGAGAGACUUCUGGAAGCCAUGUCAGAAAGCUUAGGCUUAGAAAAGGAUUACAUGAACAGGGCAUUGGGGAAGCAUGGGCAGCACAUGGCCAUCAAUUACUAUCCCCCUUGCCCUCAGCCGGAGCUGACCUAUGGCUUACCUGGUCAUGCUGAUCCUAAUGUCGUCACCCUUCUCCUUCAAGAUGACGUGGCAGGCUUACAGGUCUUCAACAAUGGCAGAUGGGUUGCAGUCAAGCCCAUGCCACAUACGUUCAUUGUCAACAUUGGUGAUCAAAUCCAGGUCUUCAUGAUGCCUGAAUUAAAUCAAUUUCAACAAAUUUUUGGGUUGGACCACAUAGAAGCUUCUUCACGUGUUGUUAGUAAUGAUCGUUAUAAGAGUGUACUCCAUCGAGCAGUGGUGAAUUGCGACAAGGAAAGGAUCUCCAUCCCAACAUUCUAUUGCCCAUCGUAUGAUGCUGUGAUGGAGCCAGCCCCCCAACUUGUUGAUGAUCAUCAUCCUCCCCUUUACAGGAGGUUUACCUACGCUGAGUUCUAUGAGAAAUUCUGGGACAGAGGCCUCAACACUCGAUCCUCUUUGGACUUGUUUAAGACUACCUCUCAUGCUUAAUCAUUUCAUUAAGCUCUCAAUAAUCUCUUCCCAUGCUGUUGUUGUUGAACACUCUCAAACCUUCUAAUUACUAGUAUUAAUUAAUAAUAACUGCAAUUUCAGUGCUU